CAACAAUUCAAGGUGCGCGUUCAGUAAUCACGGUCAUUGGGACAAGACAUUGAACAAAGAUGAAUUUUCAAACUUUGCUAGUAUGCAUCGUUGCUGUUGCGGUCAUCCCGGAAUUUGUCAGGCUUGUGAAUGCCGGAAAAAAAGAGAUGGAUGUCUCCCUGGAGAAAAAAAUAAAGGGCAAAACGGAUGUCCUAGAAAGCACAUAUGCUGUGGUAAUCGAAUACUGUGAAUAUAAAUACGGAAUAUGCCGAUUGAAAUUGACUGAUUGCAAAAAAAACGAAGAAAAAUAUAAUGGAAACUAUUAUUGUGCACCUCAUGAGCCUUACUGCUGCGUUCCAACCGACGAUGAGAAGCCACCAUCUGGUGAAGGUUUGAGCUCCAGUGAACCCGAGCCAGCAGGGAUCAGCAGUGGCUUACAUUCAGGAUGCUUCAUCAUGUAUACACUCACUUCCAAAGGCACUUAUUCAGGAACCGAUGCUUUAUUCAAGUUUAAAUUUUAUCGAUGGAUGACAUGGUACUGGCAGUCGUCCCCUUGGAAACUUGAAAAUAACGCAGGUGAUGACCGAGAAGAGGGACAUUGGGAUUUGUAUGGAGGUUACCCUCAAGGGAUUGGUGGCCUACCAGCAGACUGGAUUUAUGUAAGACAAACUACCAGAUUUUACGAUAGGUGGCAAAUAAAAACUAUCUUCAUGAAGGAUGUUUGUCAUAAGAAAUUGUAUGAUACUACUGCAACGGCUGCUGGGUCUCGAAUGAUCCAAAUGGCGGGACUUGGAUUAAGCGCACUACUCCAUAACGUGGAUCAAAAUCCUGUUGCUCAAGUUACCAAUAGUCCUGGUUUUAAAAUUAUACAAUAAAACACUUCAAAACAUUUAGGAUAAACGUUAAACUCGAGUUGAUAAUUGUUACUUAUAUCUCAAUUGAACACAAAUAAUUUUGUUUGUGUUCUGAUCAAAAUUUUAAACCGAAUACCGAAUUCUGUUUUAUCAUACAAAAUAGUCACGUUUCGUUUGAGCAACAGAUUAUUUGAUAUGCACAAUGCACGAAUGUACAGAACAACAGCAAUUUGUAACAUUUAAUGUACAUGAUGGAUAGAAAAUAAAGCAAAUUCAUGU